AUGACCCACAUCAAAGAUUUCCUCGCCGGAAUCUUGAACUCCGGCAUUGUGGUCGGAGUCAAAUCUCGAAACUCCACCACAGAAACCAUCACAGUUUCAGCCGCUCACGCCGUCGUAAGAUCAUCAUGCAGCGCCACGUUGUACCCAGACCUAUGCUAUUCCGUCAUCAGCAGCCACCCAGGUAUGCACAAAAAUAUCAAAAAACAAAAGGAUGUGAUCGAGCUUGCUGUUAAUAUAACAACUAAUGCCGUCGAACAUAACUACUUCCAUAUAAAGAAGCUCACCACUCGCAAAGGUCGGUCGCAGCGCCAGAUCGCCGCCCUUCACGACUGCCUGGAGAUGGUAUCGGAGACAUUGGACGAGCUCCACGAUGUCAUGAAGGACCUCGAAGAGUAUCAAACCAAGAGAUCGCUCAGACAGCAUGCCGACGACCUCAAGACGCUAAUGAGUUCCACCUUAACCAACCAGGAAACGUGUCUCGACGGCUUCUCCCACGACACGGCGGACAAGAACCUCCGGAGAUCUCUGAAAAAAAGCAAUGACUGGGUGGAGAAAAUGUGCAGCAAUGCAUUGGCCAUGAUUUGUAACAUGACGAGUAUAGAUUUGGCGAAUGAGAGGAAGCUUAACGGGAGGAACUUGAAGGAGGAGGUGAAUAAUGUAUGGCCGGAGUGGUUUUCAGCUGGGGACAGGAGGUUGUUGCAGUCAGAGACGGCGGUGACGCCAGACGUUGUGGUUGCUGCGGAUGGUAGUGGAGACUAUGACACGGUGGCUGCUGCGGUGGAAGCAGCGCCGAAGAAGAGCAAGACAAGGUACGUGAUUAGGAUUAAAUCCGGGGUAUAUCGGGAAAAUGUGGAGGUGGCGAAAAGCAAAACUAACAUAAUGUUUAUGGGAGAUGGAAGAAACGAUACCAUCAUCACCGGAAACCUGAGCGUGAAAGGAGGAACCACCACCUUCAAGUCCGCCACCGUCGCUAUCGUAGGUGAUGGGUUCUUGGCUCGAGACAUAACAUUUGAAAACACCGCCGGAGCUGAAAACCACCAAGCGGUUGCUCUCCGUGUGGGCUCAGAUUUCUCCGCUUUUUAUCAAUGCGACAUUUUGGGACACCAAGACACUCUUUACAUCCACCGUAAUCGUCAAUUCUACAUCAACUGCUUGAUCGCCGGCACCAUUGAUUUCAUCUUCGGCAACGCAGCGGCGGUGUUCCAAGACUGCGACAUCCAUGCACGCCUCCCUGGACCCGGUCAAAAGAACAUGCUCACAGCCCAUAGUCGAACCGACCCUAACCAAAACACCGGGAUUGUGAUUCAAAAGUGCAGGAUCGGAGCCACUUCUGAUCUCCAACCGGUGAUAGGGGAUUUUCCGACGUAUCUAGGGCGGCCGUGGAAAGAGUUUGCAAGGACGGUGGUGAUGCAGUCGGUGGUUAGCGGUGUGAUUCAUGAAGCUGGAUGGCAUGAGUGGAAUGGGGACUUUGCAUUGAACACGUUGUAUUAUGGUGAGUACGAGAACACAGGUGAAGGGUCGGAGACUUCUGGUAGAGUAAAAUGGGAAGGUGUCAAGGUGAUUACGAAUGCUUCGGAGGCUGAAGUGUUUGCCCCAGAAAACUUCAUUGCAGGCCAUAGCUGGUUAAGCUCUACUAGCUUCCCUUAUUCCUUGGGUUUAUAAACUGUGGUCUAAGGAAAUCUAAUUUAUUAUUUAAUAAUCGAGUAGUUUGAUCGUAAACGAAGCAACUAUUAAUUGUUUGGGUGUGACGUGAUACGUAAUCUACAUAAAAGAUUGAGAGAGAAAUAGUGAUAUAUAUUGAUUUUAUUAUAUUGAUUAAAUGAAUACAAGACCUUGUCUGCUUAUACA